AUGCUCUCAUCCGGUGCCGGCUCGUCGAUACGCAAGAAGCGCAACUUCAAGGGUCUCCAGCUCGCCGAAUCGCCGCUGGCGAGUCCUGCGGGCGCAGCCUCGACUCCCAACAAUGGCGAAAGCUCAGCCGCCUCGAAUGCGUCGACGAUCGGCAAGUCGGCCACCGUGACGCCGGGCGGCUCGCUCGCGCUUCCAGGGCGAAACGGCGCCGAGGCGGAACCCAACUCAGGCGCCAACUACCACAAUAAGCUCACGCAACAACUCGCCAACCUCGAGCUCGGCGUCGAGUACAAGCUGGACCUCAAGAACGAGGACCUCAAGACGGUGUCGGAGCUGGGCGCUGGCAACGGCGGCACGGUGACCAAGGUGCUGCACGAGAAGAGCGGCACAGUGAUGGCCAAGAAGGUGGUCUUCAUCGAUGCCAAGCCGAGCGUGCGCAAGCAGAUCCUGCGCGAGCUGCAGAUCCUGCACGAGUGCAACUCGCCGUACAUUGUGUCGUUCUACGGCGCGUAUCUGAGCGAGCCGCACAUCUGCAUGUGCAUGGAGUUUAUGGACAAGGACUCGCUCGACGGCAUCUACAAGAAGCACGGGCCCAUCCCGCCCGAGAUCUGCGGCAAGAUUGCGGUGGWGGUGGUGCACGGCCUGACGUAUCUGUACGACGUGCAUCGCAUCAUCCACCGCGACGUCAAGCCGAGCAACAUCCUGGUCAACGGCAAGGGCCAGAUCAAGAUCUGCGACUUUGGCGUGAGCGGCGAGCUGAUCAACAGCAUCGCCGACACGUUUGUGGGCACCAGCACCUACAUGUCGCCCGAGCGCAUCCAGGGCGACCAGUACAGCGUCAAGUCGGACGUGUGGAGUCUGGGCGUGUCGGUGAUCGAAGUGGCGCUGGGCCACUUCCCGUUUGCCAACAACGACGACGACGAGUCGGACUCGGGCUCGGAUUCGGAUGCGGAUCUGGAGCGCGCCAAUGCGCUGGUGCACGAGGAUCUGGGCGGCACGCUGUCGCCGACCAAGCGUGCGCCCAAGCUGCCCGUGGCGGCAGCAGCGGCGGCGCAGAAGCAGAGGCGUCGCAAGUCCAAGGCGGCCGGGGUGAGCUUGGAGGGCUCGAGCCACCAGAUGUCCAUCCUGGAUCUGCUGCAGCACAUUGUCAACGAGCCACCGCCCAAGCUGCCCGAGGGACGCUUUCCCAAGCUUAUGGAGGAGUUCGUCCAGCUGUGCCUGGUCAAGGACCCGGCGAGGCGCCCGACACCCAAGGACCUCACAAAACACGCCUACGUCAUGGAGGCCGAUGCGGCCAAGGUGGAUCUGCAGGCGUGGGUGGACGGUAUGAAGUAG